CCAAAUUGGCGCGGAACCGGCUUCUCCACAGUGUUUCGCCUCCACAACCCCCUCUCCGCGCGGCUCGGGCAGGAUGGGAGGGGGGAAGUAGGGGCGCUGCCCAGGCCCCACUCGGGCUGUCCGGGGGAGAGACUGCAGGACGCAGAAGAGACCCAUCUGCCUCCCUGCGCUUUCCGGGCGCUGAGGGUGGUUUGCAAAUUUCUGAAGACGCUCUCAUCCGGGCUGUACAUUUCGCUGAGGAAAUGCAGGCAUGUGUCCAAAAGCAUGAGUCCGAAAUCAUGCACUAAUAUACUGCAGAAAUCAUCGUGAGGUUUCAUACACCUGAAAGAAGAGAAUGUCAAGACGCAGUAGCCGUUUACAAGCUAAACAGCAGCCCCAGCCCAGUCAGACGGAUUCCCCGCAAGAAACCCAGAUAAUUCAGGCCAAGAAGAGAAAAACGGCCCAGGAUGUCAAAAAAAGAAAAGAGGAGAAGGUCAUCAAGAAACAUCAGUAUGAGAUUAGGAAUUGUUGGCCACCUGUAUUAUCUGGGGGGAUCAGUCCUUGCAUUAUCAUUGAAACACCCCACAAAGAAAUAGGAACAAGCGACUUCUCCAGAUUUACAAAUUACAGAUUUAAAAACCUUUUCAUUAAUCCUUCACCUUUGCCUGAUUUAAGCUGGGGAUGUUCACAGGAUGUUUGGCUAAACAUGUUAAAAAAAGAGACCAGAUAUGUUCAUGACAAACAUUUUGAAGUUCUGCAUUCUGAAUUGGAACCACAGAUGAGGUCAAUACUUCUAGACUGGCUUUUAGAGGUGUGUGAAGUAUACACACUUCAUAGGGAAACAUUCUAUCUUGCGCAAGACUUUUUUGAUAGAUUUAUGUUGACACAAAAGGAUAUAAAUAAAAAUAUGCUUCAACUCAUUGGAAUUACCUCAUUAUUCAUUGCUUCCAAACUUGAGGAAAUCUACGCUCCUAAGCUGCAAGAGUUUGCUUAUGUCACUGACGGUGCUUGCAGUGAAGAGGAUAUCUUAAGGAUGGAACUCAUUAUAUUAAAGGCUUUAAAAUGGGAACUUUGUCCUGUAACAGUCAUCUCCUGGCUAAAUCUCUUCCUCCAAGUUGAUGCUCUUAAAGAUGCUCCUAAAGUUCUUCUACCUCAGUAUUCUCAGGAAAAGUUCAUUCAAAUAGCUCAGCUUUUAGAUCUGUGUAUUCUUGCCAUCGAUUCAUUAGAGUUCCAGUACAGAAUACUCGCUGCUGCUGCCUUGUGCCAUUUUACCUCUCUUGAAGUGGUUAAGAAAGCCUCAGGUUUGGAAUGGGACAACAUUUCUGAAUGUGUAGACUGGAUGGUGCCUUUUGUCAGCACAGUAAAAAGUACUAGCCCAGUGAAGCUGAAGGUUUUUAAGAAGAUUUCUAUGGAAGACAGACACAAUAUACAGACACAUACAAAUUAUCUGGCUAUGAUGGAUGAAGUAAAUUAUAUAAACACCUUCAGAAAGGGGGGACAGUUGUCACCAGUUUGCAAUGGAGGCAUUAUGACACCACCGAAGAGCACUGAAAAACCACCAGGAAAACACACUCAAGUUAACUGAGCAAACAGGCUGGAACUGAUGAAGCGCUGCGCAGCAUUUCACAGAGCUUAACUACUUAAGUUUUACAGGAAAAUAGUGCUGUGGCUGUCCUGGCCGAUUCAGAAGUUUCACUGGCAUUCUCUGACUUAAAAAACCACUUAAAAUUGGCACUAAGGAGGACAUUUAAUUCCUAUGUUCGCUGUUUAAAGAAACAGCAGGACUUGUUUACAAAGAUGACUUCAUUCCCAACACUGACUGGAGAGAAGCCAGCCAUGAUUCAUGACAUAAGAAUUUUUUUGAUACGGUGUUGCUAUGUUUAUCUUGAUAAACUAGGAAUUUCAUCAUUGGAGUUUUUGACUAGAUAAGUGCUACCUUAAAGGGUACAUUAAGUGAUACAGUACUUUGAAUCUAGUUUUUAGAUUCUCAAAAUGUAUAAACUCUUAACUAGUGCAAUUUGGUUCUUGAAAAUAAAAUUUAAAUUUGU